GGAGGGGAAAUCAACCCCAGGAAUGGCUCUAGGGAGAGAGUGAGAGAGUCCCGUGUGAGGACCAGACGGUGAUCGCGGGACCUGUCGGGGGAAGCGUUCGACUUCCAAGACGGCAUCCCGGUUGUUGCAGGGUCCGGGUCAGGACGCGGAGCUGCUCCUUGUCGCUCCUGGUACCUCCCCGGGCCGGUACCGGUCCCGGGGCUGCCGUCGGUGCAGUCACCGCGGUGCCAGCGCGGAGCUCGGGCUGCCUCGGCGAUCGCGGAGGGUGGGAGCCCCGAGGCUGUGCCGAGAUGUUUUAGGGGACGACGGAGAAGGGCGAGGACCGGCCGCACCAUCCCCGGGCGGGAGCCCUCGGGGCCCCCGCGGCACCGACCCCUCGAGGCACCGGCCCCCCUCCCUGUCGGGCUCGCUUCGCAAACCUGAAGCCGCCUUUAGCCAGCCGUGAGCCUUUCGUGUCCAGCCAUGGGAAAUCCAGUGCAGUAUUAAUCCACGGAGGUGCUGUGGGGACAGUUGGCAGUACAAUGGCUUCUCAGUACCUCGUAGUGGCUCUGGCCGUUUUCUCCUCUUUUACCCAGGUUGUAAUAGAAGCCAGCUCUUGGUGGUCUUUAGGGAUGAACCCCAUGAACCCCAUGAACCCUGUUCAGAUGUCAGAGGUGUAUAUUAUAGGAGCCCAGCCACUGUGUAGCCAGCUAGCAGGGCUUUCCCAAGGACAGAAGAAACUCUGCCAGUUGUAUCAGGACCAUAUGCAGUUCAUUGGAGAGGGUGCAAAGACGGGCAUUAAGGAGUGCCAGUAUCAAUUCAGACAUAGAAGAUGGAAUUGCAGCACUGUGGACAACAACUCUGUUUUUGGCAGAGUCAUGCAGAUAGGCAGCCGGGAGACGGCGUUCACCUACGCGGUGAGCGCGGCCGGCGUGGUCAAUGCCAUGAGCCGCGCCUGCCGGGAGGGCGAGCUGUCCUCCUGCGGCUGCAGCCGCGCCGCGCGGCCCAAGGACCUGCCCCGGGACUGGCUGUGGGGCGGCUGCGGGGACAACAUCGAGUACGGAUAUCGCUUCGCCAAGGAGUUCGUGGACGCGCGUGAGCGCGAGCGAGUUUACCAGCGAGGCUCCUACGAGAGCGCCCGCAUCAUGAUGAACCUGCACAACAACGAGGCCGGCAGAAGAACGGUGUACAACCUGGCUGACGUGGCCUGUAAGUGCCACGGCGUCUCCGGCUCCUGCAGCCUGAAGACCUGCUGGCUGCAGCUCGCCGAUUUCCGCAAGGUGGGCGACGCCCUGAAGGAGAAAUACGACAGCGCCGCCGCCAUGAAGCUCAACAGCCGGGGCAAGCUGGUGCAGGUGAACAGCCGCUUCAACGCCCCCACCAUCCACGACCUGGUGUACAUCGACCCCAGCCCCGACUACUGCGUGCGCAACGAGAGCACCGGCUCCCUGGGCACCCAGGGCCGCCUGUGCAAUAAGACCUCGGAGGGCAUGGACGGCUGUGAACUCAUGUGCUGCGGCCGGGGCUACGACCAGUUCAAGACGGUGCAGCGAGAGCGCUGCCACUGCAAGUUCCACUGGUGCUGCUACGUGAAAUGCAAGUUGUGCACAGAGAUCGUGGACCAGUUUGUGUGCAAAUAGGGCACGGACGAGGUGGGAGGAGCUGCAGCCGCCUGCCAGCAAGGGGUGCAGGCCCCUCUCCCUUUCUGCAGGACUAUCUCCACUUUAUUUAUAGAGUCCA